ACAAGCUACUUCCGCUUAAAAACUCACUGGCACCGACGCCAUCUCGGGAUUAAAGAACGUCCGUCGUUUUUAGCAAGAAAAAAAUAUUUGAAAUAAUUUAAUAUUCCAUAAAUUGACCAUCAGGAACUUCUGAGACGACAAUAUAACAUCAUUAUUCUUUAAGUAAGAAAGUGUUUAAAUCCGUCUGCGAAGAAGAAGCAGCGUAGCUAAGCUAAUAAAGCUAACCGAUAGCUUUCACAGCGUGUUUAUGUUUGUAGUGUUUUAUGUUUUCGCCAGCGCGAAGAAAUGUUGGCCGGAUCUCCGGCUCACGGCGAUGAAGCCAACGUUGAAAACAACAACCCGAUAUCGAUGAUCUCUCGCAGCGGCGAUGGGGUGAACGCGUGCAACAAGACGAAGAAGAAGAAGAGAGGAGACCGGAAGCUGCACAUCCGGCUAUCCGACCACAACAACAACAACAACAACACUCUGGCAGCUCUGUCUGCUAACAAACCCGCAGCUCAGUCCGGUACCGAGCUCAGCCUCCAUGAUCUCAAACAGGGAGCUAAAAAAGAGCUGCUGAAAUCCAAAGGCGGCAGAUCGGAGCGAGGAGCCGCGCUGCCGGGCGGCCAACCUGCUCGCAACGUUCCCCGACACGACCCAAUCACCCAGAACAUGAUCACACGGAGCCACAAGCCCAAGCCGGACCAAAGCCCCGGAGCUGCUCUCUCCACGAAGAAGAAAGACAAGCCCCUCCCCCUCCACCGUGAGCAGAAAACACCUCUCCGCGCCUCCGACAACACGAAGACCGUGGACGCACCGCCUAUUGAAGCUGCGCCCGAACACCUCAAAGAUGGCGAGAAGGUCUACGCCGGAGCCAAGUUCAGCGAGCCGCCGUCACCGAGCGUCUUACCUAAGCCGCCGAGCCACUGGGUCGGCGAAGACGAGCCUCAACAGAGCGACCAGAGCCGAGAGCAGAUGACCGUUCAUCUAAAGUCGCUGCUGAAGGUUCAACAGGAGUCAUGACCGCAUCUCACACCGGACUCACGCUGAAUGACAACAAUUGGAAAAUAGGUGUUACGGUAAAGUUUGGCCUUUAACACACUGCAAUACAAUGUCGGGAGUUUUUAUUUUAACUGUAGUACAAUUAACCGUGAAUCAACACACAUCGUGUUGACCGACACGCUGCGUGCGUCACUUCUGUUCAACACUUCUCCUUCUCUGUCGGCAGAGCAAAGAAAAUAUGCUUUUUAUAACGAGGACAAGGUCGUCUCCGGAGAACCGCGUUCACACGGGCCAAAAGUGACGACGCCACUUUCUUUGUGAACACUUUUGAAAAGGCCGCCUUGUGUGUGUGUGUGUGUGUGUGUGUGUGUGUGUGUGUGUGUUUUUUUUAAAGAGCUCAUGUUAAUGUACAAAAUAUAUUGUAAACAUAUAUUUGUGUAUAUUUUUCCUUGUUAUUUUAACAGAGAUUCUAGUUUUGUUACUGAGGUUUUUCCACAAAAAAAAAAAAAAAAAAAAAAUGAGCCCAGCCAACUGAGGCGCUUGUUACCGCUCUUUUAGCGCGACGCUCAGUGGACGUGAGAAAGACUUUUCUAACUGAUUUGCACUGAAAAGCAGGAAGGGCAGGAAACGUGGUCAUGAUGCUCCGAAGCUUGAUCAGCCACCAGCCGGCUCUGACCACAGCAGAGGACGUCCGCGGCCCGGCUGGUUGCCCCUCAAAGGGGCUCAGAUAGCGGACGAUUCAAAGCGCCAGAUGUUUACCAUCUGGCGCAGAAGUUUACCAUCUGGCGCAGAAGUUCUUUCCCUUCCCUGAGAAGCCAAGAGUCCAAUCAGGGACUGUGAGGCUGCUGAAGACGACAACCAGCAUCCGGACAGAGUGCUAUUUUAGUUCUUUAUUGCACUGACGUAGAGUACGUCCACAUGAAGCCGGCUGAGUUUAAGAUAUCUUUUUCUGAGCCGGUGUCUUCUGGCUUCUGUUGCUUCCAGCUUUCUCCGUGAUCAGUACUUUUAAAUGUCCAAAUAGACGAUCCCCAAAAACGACUAGAAUAAGUGGAAUGCCUGAAGAAUUCUCUGCAACUAUUUUGACAGAAAUAGUUUGAGUCAUUUGCUGCUUCCAGACAGAACAAGACAUUUCCGUGUGUCACUGAAGGCUUUUUAAACAAUAUGACAUAAUGAGAAAUCAAUAAUAUAAUCAUAGCCUGAGUCAUAAUCAUAAAAAUACGGACUUUUACUUUGAAACAUAUUCAGUAAGGGAGGACAACUAAAUGGUGAGUUUCAGCUGUUAAAAGAGAAUAAAUGUGAUCACAGCGAGCAGGAGAAGACGUUUGUGUUUGACUCACGUUCUACCAGACGUUGUUCAGUCGUUUCCUGAAUGAAAAGAGGAGGAGGAAGAGGAAGAAGAGAUUCAGCUGUUUUCAUAUUGUAAACUGCUUUAACAGCUUGUACGGCUUCAUGUGGACGUCGUCUCACUUUUGUCUUGUGUCUUUUAAAGGGGGCUUUGUUUUCACACACUUCAUUACGCAUACCUCUUCUUUACCAUUUCAUUUCUUUUAAGAUGCUUCAAAGCACAAAUAUUGUUUACCAAGAGUGCAGUACGCGGUGAAUUUAGCACCGUUGAUCUUGUGAUUAUGUACCGGGUUUUUAUUUUUGUAAUGGUUUCUGUGGAAGCAGACACCUGCUGGAUCUCGGUUCUUGACCUCUGUGAUGUCACGUUAAUGGAAAAUUGUAUUACUGAAGCAAAAACUGCCCGUUUUAUUACAGUGUUUUCAAAUUAUUUCAUUCCAGUUAUAAGAAUGUGGUUAACAACACGCCUCCAUGCCACAAUCUGGGUGGGUGAAAAAAGUGUUUUAUGAAGAAUUUCUUUCAUAUCUAAAUUAAAAAUGAUAUUAAAAUAUUGGUUACCCCUGUUAAA